AGGUAUGCGCGGGACAGGACAGAACGUGGACAGACUUUGUAUAAAACAAACAAACAAACGAACGAAACGCGUAUCUGUUCGCCUGUAACACACACAUGCGGAAACGGCUGCAACAGCAUAGUUUUAAUGAAACAGACAUUUGUAUUUAUUUGUGUGUCUAAUACGAAGUUAUUGAAUAAUUCAGAGUUCUGGUUAGAGCGCGCAACAUGCGCUCAACGAGGUGACGUCAUCGAGCACGUGACGGCGAUACAGGAAGAGACUCAAGAGGGAAGAUGAGCGUUUCUCUGGACAUCAGACUUAAACGAGCAAAUAAAGUUUAUCAUGAAGGGGAGCUGUUGUCGGGUGUUGUGGUCAUCAGCAGCAGAGAUGCGCUCCAGCAUCAGGGGAUUUCUCUCAGUAUGGAGGGGCUGGUGAACCUGCAGCUGAGUUCAAAAAGUGUUGGAGUGUUUGAAGCCUUCUACAACUCUGUCAAACCCAUUCAGUUAGUAUCCAGUAACUUUGAGGUAGUAAAAGCAGGGAAAGUUCCAGGAGGUAAAACUGAAAUCCCCUUUGAGUUUCCACUGCAGGCCAAAGGCAACAGAGUCUUGUAUGAGACAUACCACGGUGUCUUUGUCAACAUACAGUACACACUUCGCUGUGAUAUGAGACGCUCGCUGCUGGCCAAAGACUUGAGCAAGACUUGUGAGUUUAUGGUGCACUCUCAGCCACAGAAGUCAAAGGUGCAGCUCAACCCGGUGGACUUCACCAUCACACCAGACACGCUACAGAAUAGAACAUCAUUACCAAAGUUCCUUAUCAGAGGUCACCUGGACGGCAGCACAUGUGUGAUCACGCGACCUCUGACUGGCGAGCUGGUGGUGGAGAAUUCAGAGGUCAUCAUCAAAAGCAUUGAGCUGCAGCUGGUCAGAGUGGAGACGUGUGGUUGUGCGGAGGGAUACGCCAGAGACGCCACAGAAAUACAGAACAUUCAGAUUGCUGAAGGUGAUGUUUGUCACAGUCUCUCCAUCCCCAUCUAUAUGGUUUUUCCACGACUCUUCACCUGUCCCACGCUUGAAACCACCAACUUUAAAGUCGAGUUUGAGGUGAAUAUCGUGAUUGUUCUUCAUGAUGAUCAUUUGAUAACAGAAAACUUCCCUCUGAAGUUGGUGAGAGUUUAAGUCAAGAGCGUCAUGUGUGUAUUGCAGAAUCUGUUCAAACUUUUUUGUUGUUACUGUUAAUAUGAAGUCGCUUAGUUCUGUGACAGAUGGUGCUUCUGGUCACUUGUGAGAUGAUAUGUCACUACAUACAGUAAAUUCCUCCAAAUAAAAUCUACAAAACA